GUUGUGCAUAUCAGAUGCAUGCUUUAUAUGGAAAUGUCACACUGGUUGUUGGCUUUAUGUUAACUUGUGCUCUUGCUAUUGUUUUGAUUGUCUUAAUUGGAAAAAAUGAAUAUGUGCUUACAGUAGUGACAUUGUGGCACUGCAGUCAGUACGCUACCAUUGUGAUGUUGCACAGCCCUCAUGUAACCUGCUGUGAUAUUGAAAAAUAAUACUUUGUGCCCAGGGGCUGAAAACUUGAUGAUCCAAGCCUGACUGUGUACCUCAAAGGUUUGUCACAGCUGUUCUUUAGUCAUGGCCACCCUGAGCAUGAAGCCAGGCCUCCGCUGCAGAGUGCCUGACUGGGAGAACAGCAAUGAACAGAUCUCAGAGACCGCACAGCACAGGCGACACAUUGCACACGAGAUACGGCAAGAGGGGCGGGCUCUGCGAAAUGAGACAGCCAAUAAGACAAGCUGGGAUGAGUAUGACAGCAGUCGUCGGCUGAGUGACAGGAUCAGUGACAUCGCACGUUGGAAGAAGAGCCUGGAGGCCUGCGCACAAGAAGUGGAUGCAGAAAUAGACGCUCUCACAGUAGCAAAGGAAGAGACAGAGCGAGCCCUUGCAGCCACAGUGCUGCCCCUAGAGGUCUCUGCUGAGUGCCUGACCUUGAGAGAGGGUCGCCGGGGUAAUGAGCUGGUUAGUGACCCAGUGGAAGCAGAGCUGAAAAAGGAAGUGGACGUGAUUGAUGGGGCACAGCGGGUCCUGCAGCAGCGUAUUGACCAAGCCUUCGAACAGCUGUGUUUGCUGCAGGAAGCCCGUCACCAACUGAUCCUUGACCUCCAGCACAAGGUGGAGGCUUUGGAUGUAGACAUGUCCUGCCUGUCCCUCACUGUGACAUCACCUGAAAUCUCACUGAAGCCCAAUCCCACUAGAGUUCCACCUGGUUCCACAACCCCCCAGCAGUGGGAGCAGUUCAGCCACUACAAUGUAACCAGAGCCAAAGAAGAGAUGCAAGCUUCUCUACAGCUUAGAGAGAAUAUCAGUAUCUCUAGAGCUCAGGUGCAGAAUGAAUUGGAGGCUCAGCGCAUAGCCACAGAGUUCACCCUCCGUAAACGCACUCAUCAUCUGGAACAGGCCCUCCAGGAACUCCAAUGGCAGCUAAAAACUACUCAGGAUGAGAUAACUGACCUGGAGGGAGAUAUCCGUGGAUUGGAGAGGGACAUGCAGGCUAAGAUGGCUCCACUAAAGCUGGUCCACACUCGUUUGGAGAACAGGACCAAGAGGCCUGGUUUGGACCUGUGCAGAGAUGAGGUGCAGUAUGGGCUGGUGGAGGAGGCCAGACAGCUGGAUUCUACCAUUCUGGCUCUGAAACAGAAACUGGCUCAGGCUCAGGACUCCUUGCAGUCUCUGCAACAUCAUGAAGCCCAGAUGCUGGAGGAUCUGUCUCUUAAGCAGGAGGCCCUGGCUCUGGAGCAGCGCAGCAUGCAGACCCGUCGCCACCUGACCCCCACUGCUCAAAGUGACACCUCGUCCAUGGCUGUGGUGCCCCUCGCCAACUCCAGAGGCAGGCUACAGCUAGCCUAAGCUAAACACUCAGACUGUUAGCCAGCCUGAACUGACUUAGUUUAACCUUUCACUGACUUAUCACAGCUUCACCCAAAAAGCUCCUGCUUUUCUCCUAAACUCCAUA